UCUGUGCUAGUCAAAAUUUACAUCCACCGCUUACACGAAUUUGGGAAGCGAAAUAGACCAAAGUGAACGCCACGUCCUUUACGCGAUACUAUACACACCCUCCAACUGCAUUCCCAAGAAAAAAAAAAAGCAGCAAGACGGAAACCGACUAAAAAACAACUGCAGUUCUUUACUGUAGAAAAAAAGACAGAGAAAAUAUUUUAUCAGAAGGGGAGAGAUUAGAGAAGAAUGACUGAAAAGCCCACAUUUGUGAAAUUCAGAAAAUUCUUAGGCUUUGGGUUCUGGGAAAGUAAAAGCAAGAAAAUGGCGCCGUGUGUGAAAGUGAUCGUUAUUGGUGCUGGAAGCAGGGGUCAGAACUACUCUAAUUUUGCCCUGGAUUUUCCAGAAAGAAUGAAGGUUGUUGGAGUUGCAGAUCCUCAACCAUUUGUGAGACGUAGCCUCCAAGAGAAGCAUAGCAUUGAAGAUUGUAAUGUAUUUGAUGACUGGACAGCAGUUACUAAAAGAGAAAAGUUUGCUGAUGCUGCGAUCAUAUGCACACCCGAUAAGUUGCACAAGGACCCAGCCAUUGCUUUUGCUAAGAAAGGCUAUCACAUCUUGCUGGAAAAACCCAUGGCAGUCACAGAAGAGGACUGCAAGGAAAUUGUGUCUGUUUGUAAAGACAAUGAGGUGAUGCUUUCUUUAUGCCAUGUGCUUAGGUAUUUCCCAGCUGUUUUAAAGAUAAAGGAGCUGUUAAAGAGUGGAGUGAUAGGAGAUGUGGUCCAUAUUCAACACCUGGAGCCUUCUCUUAAAAGAGACACCAGUGGUGUGUUACCUCCAGCCGGUCGCUCCCGUAUAUUAUUUUGUACUUCUAUAUUCAAAGAUGAUCUCUCCCACACAUAUCAUGAGAAUUCCAUCACGUAUUUAGACAUUGAGUUAAAAAAGAACAUAGAAGAACAGCGCUAUGUAGCCAGGAUCUACCGUAAACCCACAUAUUCUAACACCAUGCUUCACUUACACAAGUUGCCAUCCUAUACAUCAGAAAAGAUCUGUACUUAA